CUGAGCAGCUCCUUCCAGCAUCCCCCAUCCUUCAGGUACCAGGCAUCUGGGCAGUGCUUAAGCUGCAGACACUGAGACCACCCCUCCAAGGACCUCUAGCCUGAGCAUCUCUAGUGACCUUCUCCGCAUUAACUGUCAGUGCUACAGAUAUUUUAAGCUCCAAGUCCUGGAAGGGUGGGGCACCUAUCUGAGGCAGGGUUUGGUGCCCCCUCCCCACUGACCCUACACCCCAGGCUGCUGCUGCUGUCACUUCAGGAUGAAAGGAGAGACCCCUGUUAACAGCACUAUGAGUAUUGGCCAAGCACGCAAGAUGGUGGAACAGCUUAAGAUUGAGGCCAGCUUGUGCCGGAUAAAGGUGUCCAAGGCAGCAGCAGACCUGAUGACUUACUGUGAUGCCCACGCUUGUGAGGAUCCCCUCAUCACUCCUGUGCCCACUUCAGAGAACCCCUUCCGGGAGAAGAAGUUCUUCUGUGCACUCCUCUGAAGAGCCCUGUACCUUCUCUGAACUCAUCUCCCCCUCCCAGACCCGCCCUUAGAUUGGAAAUUGUAACAGUCCAUUUCUACCCGCACUUAUCCUGAGAUUAUCUGAAGCACAAGGCCCUCCUUACCCAUGUCUAGUCCAUCUCCUCACCCUUUCAGGCCAACUCCAAGCACCUUUUACUCUAUAAAGGGACCCCGUUAAACUGCCAAAAUCCUGCUUGUUUCCCUCGGUAAUCCAUCCGUUCAGGCAAUGGAGAGGGGAUGCCCGGGUGCUCACCUGGAGCUAUGAAAAGGUAAAGGCUUUUGAAGAAUAAAGUCAUUCAGAGCCUCAGAGGACAACGCCUGUGUUAGCGUUCUUGGGAAAGAGGAUCCUUAGUUGAUACACUUGCCAUAUCCAGGGAACAGGGCCAGUCGAGCCGGUUAGACAUUGUAAGGAUUGGAGAUCGCGGAGUAUAAAAUGCCCUAGCGCCCCCAGUGGGGGGUUGUUAAAACGAGAGCUCAGAAGCCGCGGAGCAUUCACACGAGCGCACAACGAAAACAGCGAGAACUACAAGGGCGAGUAGGGUGGUUUCCGCGGGCCCAGGGACAGGAGCCCCGGGUGGAGGUGGCCUGAGAGGCCGUGGGGCGGGACAGCGCGACUCAGCGCCUGCAGCCAAUGUCCAAGAUGGCGGCUGCCUGUUCGUACACGCAUGGCGGCACGCGCCAAGGGUGCUCUUAAAAUGGCGGUCCCCAGCGUUCCCAAUGUGAAACGAUCCCUUACUUGAUCCUCUGGUCUUAAAAUGGCUGCCCCUGCCCCCUCGAAGUCAGAGUCAGGUUCUCUGCCCAUAGAAUCUGGAACCAGACAUGCUUGGGAGACCAAGUACGGGCGGUGGGGAGACACCUAGAGGUCAUGGGUUCAUAGUUGAGUGUGGUGGGCAGCACUCCGGGGGCAUAGGCAGGUGAAUCUGAGUUCCAAGCCAGCCACGGAUACACAAUGAAAUCCUGACUUAAAAGAACUAGUCUCUAGGACUGGGGCCCAAGAAGCACAAUGUGGAUUUUGCAGAAGAAUCUCACCUUUCUGAGUAGAGGUUCCCUUUGAGGUAUUAUAUGCAGUAACACGUGUGUGUGUGUGUGUGUGUGUGUCACAGUCCAUCUUGGAGCACCCUGUUCCUUGGUCUCUCUGGGACCCAAAUAAGUAAUAAAUUUAUGCUUGUGUUUUCUUGUUGAA